AUGUAUAAAAGGCAAUUGUGUUCAACAAGAAAUGCUCUUCGGUUUAUCUUUAUAGGAUUGGCCUUGUUUGGUGUCAUUCUUCUUUAUAAAUCAAAAUUUGCUUACAAUGCCUAUUAUUGCAACUCAUCCAAAGACUGCUAUGAAUUACUAAAAGAUAAAGCAAAACAGUUUCAGCAAUAUUCUGGUAUCAACGAAUACUUUAUAAAGGAUCAAGAAGAGGAACAGAAGAAAUGGAAUAAAAUAUCAGAAACAUCUAUGGCUAUAGACACGGUUGAUAACAAAGUGAUUAUUGCUGAUGACGAUGACGACGAUGAUAUGUCCCCUGAAGAAUUAGAAUACCAAAGGUUGACAAAUACCAGCUUGCCUCGAGUUAAGGGCGCCUUCGUCGUACUGGCUAGAAAUAGCGAGCUUUAUGCUUUGAGAUCAUCUAUGCGCUAUCUGGAGGACCGCUUCAACCGUAAAUACAAUUACCCUUGGAUAUUCUUGAACGAACAGCCAUUCACAGAAGAAUUCAAAGAGCUGACGAGCAUGAUGACAAAUGCACAAGUCUACUAUGGCUUGGUCCCUGAAGAGCAUUGGAGUUACCCAGAAUGGAUAGAUAAAGAGCACGCAGCAGAGUGUCGAAAGGAUCUGGAAAAUCGUGGUAUUCUUUAUGGUGGAAGCGAAAGCUACAGACACAUGUGCAGGUAUCAAUCAGGGUUUUUUAUGCUGCAUCCUUUGCUUGAUGAUAUUGAUUAUUACUGGCGUGUAGAACCUGGUGUGAAAUUUUCUUGUGACAUCGAUUAUGAUCCAUUUAGACUUAUGCAAGAAAGAGAUCUCAAAUAUGGAUUCACCAUUGCGUUAAAAGAAUAUUUUGAGACCAUUCCUACACUAUGGGAAGUGACUAGAGACUUUGUUCAAAACCAUCCUCAAUAUAUCUAUCCAAGAACAAGAAAAGACAGUCUUUUAGGAAUAAUUAGUGAUGACAAUGGCUGGUCGUACAAUCUGUGUCAUUUCUGGAGUAACUUUGAGAUUGCUUCAGUCAAGUUUAUGCGUUCAGAAGGAUAUCAAGCAUACUUUAGAUACUUGGAUGAAGCUGGUGGAUUCUUUUAUGAAAGAUGGGGAGAUGCGCCUGUUCAUUCCAUUGCUGUGGCGUUGAUGCUGAAAAGAUCUGAUGUUCAUUGGUUUUAUGACAUUGGCUACAAGCACGAUUUUUUUGAACAUUGUCCUACAGAAGAUAAAUGGUUACUUCAAAGUAAAUGCUACUGUGAUCCCGAAACGACCUUUGAUAUAAAUCCUGGUGCCUGUACGCCUCGUUUUUUGGAGGUAAUGAAUAAAACAGCUACAAGUUUCAUUGUUACCCGUCCAGAUAAGGAUGAUCAUUAG